AUGUCAGAUGCACGAUCUGUAACUCUUCACGGCAGAACGUAUCAACUGCCUAAAAAGCCCACAGUGAUCAUCUGCGUUGAUGGAUUCGAUCCCGAAUACUUGGAGGCCGGUAUCGCGGCUGGCAUCCUCCCCAACAUGGUCAAGCUCAUGAGCGAAGGCUUCCGCGCCACCGCCCAAUGCUCGAUGCCGUCCGUCACAAACGCCAACAACGUGUCCAUCAUCACCGGCGCGCCCACGGCCGUCCACGGCAUCGCCACAAACUACUUUCUCGACCGUGCCACCGGAAAGGAGACGAUGAUUGUCGACGACUCCCUCGUGCGCGGCUCCACUAUCCUGGCCGAGAUGACCGCGCGGGGCGUCCGCGUCGCCGCCAUCACCGCAAAGGACAAGCUGCGGAAGAUCCUGCAGCGCGGCCUCGACCAGUCCCACGCUGUAUGCUACUCGACACAGCUUGCUAGUGAGGAGGUGCUCGCGUGGCUGGGUCACGACGCGCGGCCGGACCAGUACUCGGCCGAGCUGUCCCUGUACGUCCUCGAGGCUGGCGUGAAGCUGCUGCGCGAGGGGAGAGCCGACUUGCUGUACCUCACACUCUCAGACUACGUGCAGCACAAGUACGCACCGCACGAGCCCGAGGCGCAGCAGUUUCUGGCGACGAUUGACAGAAGAAUCGGCGAGUGUCUCCAGCUGGGCGCCGUGGUGGCCGUCACGGGCGACCACGGCAUGAGCGACAAGUCAGACGCCGACGGAAACCCAGUGGUCUUGUAUGUACAGGAUGAGCUGGAGAAGAGGUUCGGACCGGGCUGUGCUCGCGUCAUCUGUCCAAUUGCCGACCCUUUUGUCGUGCACCACGGCGCCCUCGGCGGCUUCGUGCGCGUCUACGUCCCUGACGCUCACGCGGCGCAUGUUCCCGCCAUGGCCGAGUACAUCGGCGCCUUUGACAAGGUGCAGGUGGCGCUACUGAAAGCGGAAGCCGCGUCGAGAUUUGAGAUGCCGCUGGAUCGCGAGGGUGAUUUUGUGAUUGUGGCCAGGGAGAAUGCGGUACUGGGCUCCAAGGAGGCCGAGCACGACUUGUCGGGGCUCAAGGGCCAUCGACUUCGCUCCCAUGGAGGUUUGUCGGAACAAAGCAUCCCGCUGCUGCUUUCCAUCCCUGUGAGGAAUGUAGAAUAUCAAGGUCGGGAGUGGAAGAAUUACGAUAUUUUCGACAUAGCAUUGAACAGCCAGUAG